UACAGGAGAAGAGGUGGGAUAAUAUAAGUUUUCUUCUGCCCACACUUCUCAGUGUAUGAAAACUGUAUAUUUGUAAUGUUUCUGUUAGCAUCUGUUCAGUAAAACUUAACAAGAAGAAAGAGAACUUCAGCUAAAACAUUCCUUCACUGUGAAUUACAUUGAUUUUUCUAAAAUUUAUAAAUAAUAUUAGUAAGAAAACUAAAGGAUUUAGUUAGACUGUCAUCUUUCACACAUUUAUACAUGCAGACAACAGUUUCAGUCAGAUGUUUACAUACAGGAGUUUUGGUUCGUUUCCUGCUGCUUUACAAACAGAAGUAGUCAUGGCCUCUGUUAUCUUUAAGUCCUGCUGAGAAUCAGCUGUAAUAUUAACUAACUAAACAAAAUAAACUCAUGAAUCACUAACAUUAGCGCUGAACGUCAACCGGAUGUAAACCCUACAGCUUCAUCACACCACACCCACGAGGAAAAAAUCUGAAYAGAUUUUCUCAAAUUUGAACGAAAAUCGAUCCAGAUCGAUUAAAUUUAUUUAUUUAUUUUUAACGCAGCCCWGUGAUUUACUGACCUUUAAAUGCAGAUGUUUGGUUUGUUCCAGGUGAGCUCAUCAGAGGUUCUGGGUCAGAGCAGCUCCUCCUCCAGCUUCACAGAUUAAUUGUUUUCCUGACAUCUCUGUCCACAGGAGACGCUGCCAGCGUUUCUCCACAGGGCGCCGUCAUGUCUCACAACUACCCGUACAGACAGGUGCCGGCCGACCCGCGGUCUGACCUGCGGUCCGACCCGCGGUCCGACCCGCGGGCGUACAGCUCUGCAGGCRGCGCCGACUUUUACGGACGCCCCCGGGACUUGUUCCCCUCGUCCUCCAGUAGUUCUGCAGGGCCUCAGAGUCCUCAGGACAGUGUCCUCAGCCUCCUGUCCAGCUGUGGACUGGACCCUGAAGACCUGGCGGUCCUGGCCAAGCUUCCUGAGGACGUGCUGACCGUGGACUCUCUGCCACACCUCAUCAACCAGAUCAAAGGCAAGAAGGGGACYGUCAAGCCUUUUGUUCCCAGACCUCUCCCCGUCGCUCCUCCCUCCUCCCACUCCUUCAGCUCCGCCCACAGACCCUCUGCAAGCUCCACCCACAGACCGUCUGCAAGCUCCGCCCACAGGCCUUCUACAAGCUCCGCCCACAGGCCUUCUGCAAGCUCCUCCUCCUUAGACUGGGACAAGCUCCGCAGGCAGCCGGUACAGUACCCACUGCACAUGAUUUCAUCCUCCACCACUCCGUCUGACCUCCAUUCGGACCCUUGGGGGUCUCCGAGCUCUGUCAGGUCUUCAUCGGUCCAACCCGUGCAGGACACUGACCUCAGGCCACGCCUCUCAGACUAUGGUAAGGCCGCUUCUUCUUGCAGCUCAGUGGAACUCAAGCGGAGUCGUUCCUCUCACUUCUCGGAGCCCAGAUCAGCAGAUUACAGAUCAGCCCCCCCUCCUGACGAGCGCCGCCGCCGCUCGGGGUCGGCCGGGGUCAGGGAGCCGGAGGGACCAGUCCCUUCUAAGCAACAGGGUCUGGACUUCCACGGAUCGAUGCCGCCGGUGUACCCGUACUCGUGCUCGCUGUGUGACAUCACCGUGCUCUCGGAGAAGGUUUGGCUCGAGCACAUCAACGGGAGCGUUCACGCAGACGGACAGCUCAAGCUGCUGCAGCACCCACAGACAGAGGGAGGGUGGUGUGUGUGAAGUUUCCAGCUCAGUCUGUGGACGAGGCGUAUCUGCAGUCGUGCAUCGAGCCGUUUGGGAAGAUGGGAAAGAUCCUCAUGUUUCCUUCUGUGGCCUUCGUGGAGCUGGGUACUGCUGACCAGGCGAAGGACUUGGUGAAGUAUUACGCUAACAUGGAUCCAUCUGAGAACAAACGGCAGCUGGACUUCAGCGUCUCCAACACCUUCAGCUUCCUGCAGAGCUCUCAGGUGGUGAGCUUCACUCCGGCUCCGUCAGGAAGGGACGGGCGCUCAGACCUGCUCAGCAUCAUCAAACGCUUCGGCGAGCCGCUCUUCAGCCUCUUCCUGCCGUCCAAGGCGUUCGUUGAGAUGAAAGUUGCUGCCGACGCCAAGAAGCUGGUGGAUUAUUACUCCUCCAACAUCCUGAAGAUGAACGGAGACUCCAUCAGCGUGUCCUUCUCCACAGAGUACAAGUCCCUCAUGCGGGUCUCACUGGCCACCAGGUGUGAUGAAGAACCAACACAGACCGAGACGAGCGGCGCGAAGGAGCCUGGCACCGAGAGGAGAACUAGGUCCAGGUCCAGGUCAAGAUUGACAGGACGGUCCAGAAUCCGUUCUAGAUCCAGAGAAAGAGGCAGAGGGCGAAGGAGCAGGUCCAGAGACCGGUCUAAAAGAGAUGGACGAACCAGAACCAGGUCCAGAGAAAAUAGAGACAAAUCCAGCAAAGAGACUAAGUCCACAUCAGAGGACACAUCCAACAACAGCUCUGCUGGGCAGAACCAGACGGACAGGAAGACAGAGGAACCAGAAGGACCAGAGAGACCAGAAGGAUCAGAGAAACCAGAAGGAUCAGAGAAACCAGAAGGACCAGAGAAACCAGAAGGACCAGAGAAACCAGAAGGACCAGAGAAACCAGAGGAACCAGCCACAGGUGCCGAGACCAGACCUGCAGCUGAGCCUGAAGACGAGUCGGGAGCUGAUGCUGCUCAGGAGGAAAAACCGGGGGUGGAACAGCCGGAGGAGGAACAGCCGGAGGAGGAACAGCCGGAGGAGGAACAGCCGGAGGAGAAACAGCCGGAGGAGAAACAGCCGAAGGAGAAACAGCCGAAGGAGGAACAGCUAGAGGAGGAACAGCUGGAUGAAGAACAGAAGUUCUCUGCCGACGACAGCGACAUCGAGGGGAUGGAGGUGAUCGCUGAGGACGGAGAGCAAUUAAAGGAUGAAGAAGAGAGAAGUCAGGAGGAGGAGGAGAGUCAGGAGAAAACGGGCCGUCCUGAGGAGAUGGAUGCCUCACCUGAAGGAGAUGAUGACAUCGAGGUGAAGAGCAUGGACCUGGAUGAUGAGGAGGAGGAGGAGAGCGGGGUGAUGAUUGAGGAAGAGCAUGAAGCUACAGACAUGGAGGAUGACGAGGAGUCGGGUUUCCCGGUGGACCUGGAGAACUGCAUCACUCUGGAUGAAGUGGGCUCUGAUGAAGGUGGAUCUGAUCCGGAGGCUGGAUUUGGAUCUGAGGUCUCAGAGUCCAGCAGAGUCCUGUUCUUCAGCUCCAUGCCGGAGGACUACAGCGACGUGGAGUUCGUCCAGGUGAUGAAGGGUCUGGGGACGGUGGUCUGGUACCUCCUGGUGAACGACCGGCGCCAGGGCUUCAUCGAGAUGUCCACUCCCUCAGAGGCUCAGACUGCGGUCCAGGUUCUGGAAUCUGAAAUGGUCCUCCUGAACGGGACCAGACUGAUGGGCUGCUUGUCCCAGGAGUACCUCAGACUCACAGACGGGUGGGCCGUCCCAUCGAUCGGAGACGAGGGACAGAACCUUGACGAGUCCAGCUCUGACAGGACCGCUUUGGAUCAAAGGAUGAGGUCCAAAGACAUUCCAGAAGAGGACACAUCUGGAACGACAGAGCUGGAGACAUGUGAGACGCUCCAGGAGGCAAAGACCGACGAGACUUCAGAGCUGGAGACAUGUGAGACGUUCCAGGAGACAAAGACCGAUGAGACUUCAGAGCUGGAGACAUGUGAGACGCUCCAGGAGACAAAGACCGACGAGACUUCAGAGCUGGAGACAUGUGAGACGCUCCAGGAGACAAAGACCGAYGAGACUUCAGAGCUGGAGACAUGUGAGACGCUCCAGGAGACAAAGACCGAYGAGACUUCAGAGCUGGAGACAUGUGAGACGCUCCAGGAGACAAAGACCGACGAGACUUCAGAGCUGGAGACAUGUGAGACGCUCCAGGAGACAAAGACCGACGAGACUCCAGAGACAGAGACCACUUCAGUCAGAAGGACAAGGUCUAAAAGAAUUCCACAGACCACGUCAGACAGAAAGACGAGGUCCAGAAAGACUCCAGAAAAAGCUUCUCAGAGGAGGACCAGAUCUAAAGGGACUCCAGAAGAGACAGAGACCGUUCCUGAGACGAGUCCAGACACAAAGACAUCAGUGGAAGAGACACCAGAGACAGAAGUGUCUGAGAAGACUCCAGAAAAACUCACCUGUGAGACGGAACAGACAGGAAGAAAGACGGUAAAGGGUAAGACCCCGCCCAGGAAGAGUCCAGAGACCAGGACCGACAAGAGAAAGGGACCUCCUGAGGACGACGCAGUGCCUCUGAAAACCCCCAAGACAGACCCAGAAGACGAAGCUCUUAAAGAAACAAACCAAGCAAAGGAUGGGAAAGAAAAGUCCAGUCUGGACCGUCCAGAACCACCGGAGCAGGACUCUGACCAGCCUGCACCAGCAGAGGGUGCUACAGAACCAGAGAAACCUUCCAAACCUGUUGGACCAGAGUUUGUGCGUCCGGUCGUCGGAUACUUCUGCAACCUGUGUCAGCUGAUCUUCAUCGACGAGGACGAAGCCAAGCUGCAGCACUGCAGCACGCCGGAGCACUACAGGAAGUACCAGGAGAAGACCGGGAAGGAUCCGUGGUCCAGCUGAAUGUGGAGCAGUCAGUUUCCUGUAAAUAUUUUAGCUUUUAAAUUAAACAAAAUGUCACGUUUUAAUAAAACGCUU